AAUCCACUUCUUCCCAUUUUCUUAAUUCUUACACCGCAAAUUAUUCAUUUCUUUAAUAAUUAAAUUUAACAAAACUAAAAUCUAGAAAAAUAUACAAACAUUUAACGAAUCAAAACUUGUUCUGUUUCCCCCUUUCCCGCUAUGAUCCUUCCUUCUCUGUUUCUCUUCUAAUCAUUAUUCCAUUAAACACCUCAUUAUUCAUUAAUCUCUCCAAAAAAAACAAAAAAACAAUGGCAAAUCAUAAUAUUCCUGUGAAAUCUCUGAGUUUUGAUUCAAGGAUUCAUGAUGAUCACAAGAACAAAGAAGAGAAAGACAUUGGCAAAUCAUACAGUUUCGCGGCUCGAGUCGUGUCGGAUUUUGACGACAAUGAUGAUCAAAAGCCACGUAAGCCAUUCACCAUUGAUGAAGGAAAUGAAGGGCAUGAAGAACACGGUCAUGACGAGGAAGAGGAAAAGGAGUUCACCCUUGAUCAGCUUUCUGAAGACAUUGAUCAGUUUAUAAAUUCUCUGUCUUCAGCCUCGGAUGAGCCGCCUGAAAUCUCCCACGCGGUGGCUAAGUUUCUUAAGAAGGUUGAGGCGAAGAUUGAGGAGUACGAAUCCACGGCGCAGGAUACGGUGGUUUUUGGCCGUGAUGUGGAGGGGGAUGCUUCUUUUAUUGCUGCUAUAAAUAGGCUGUCUGGCCUUAUGAGGGCUCUUCAUGGGCUGAAAUCGAAUUAUAUGAUGCCAUUGUUGAAUCAGACGAGCUCCGUCCUGCACCGUGUGAUGCUGUUCUUGGAGGAGGAGCUUCGUCUGAUUCUGGAUGAAUCCGUGUGCCAGAAUUCGAACAAUAAUGCUGCAGAUGGUUCGAAUUCUAAUAAGCACACGGAUUCUUCCCUGCAUAGCCUCAAAGGGAGGCUGCAGUCGUUGACAUCAUCUGCUCAUCGAAAUGAUCACCAGCAGGAAGAAGGAGGAGACUUCUGCGAGCUGCAGCCACUGCAUGAGGGUGGUGGUGGUGAUACAGAGUCGGAAGAACAACAACAACAGGAAGGGAAGGAUGUGACUAGUACCACCUUCCCUUUCUUUUCUUCCGACUCUGUAUCAAGCAUCCGUCUCAUAGCCAAUGCCAUGAUCAUUGCAGGCUAUGAGACGGAAUGCUGCAAUGUCUUUCUCAUUGCCAGACGACACACCUUCGAAGAGGAGCUAAAGCGACAAGGUUUAGACAAGAUUAGCACAGACGACGUGCAGAAGAUGAAUUGGGAGCCGCUUGAAGGGGAGAUUUCAACUUGGAUUCGCGUCUUCAAACAUUGCACCUCUAUCCUCCUCCCAGGGGAGCAAACCUUCUACGAGUCAGUUUUUCCUGAUCAUAUAAGCACAUGUCAGUUCCUUUACGGCGACCUCUCCUACGCCAUCCUCUCUAUCAUUGUCAACUUUGCCGAGGCUGUCUCCAUAACCAAGCGUGCCACAGAGAAGUUGUUCAAAUUUCUAGACAUGUACGAAACACUACGUGACACGGUCCCUUGGGUCGAGACUAAAACACCAAUGUACUCCUCCGAGGAGUCCGUGGAAGGGUUAAAGUCGGAAUUGUCCUUUGCCAAAAGUAGGCUAGGAGAGGCUGCAGUGUCUAUCUUUUGUCAGUUCGAAAACUCCAUCAAAGGUGAUAACACAAAGACUCCGGUGGCUAGUGGAGCGGUACAUCCCUUAACAAGGUACACCAUGAAUUACCUUAAAUACGCUUGUGAAUACAAAGAUACCCUAGAACAAGUCUUCGAACAACACCUAAACACAGAUCAAACAGAGGAAUUCUCUGCAUUCGAUCAUUCCUCCUCCUCAACAGAGCAACAACACAAACCAGCAGAACAACACCAGCAAGAAGAAGAGAAGCAUUCGCCAUUCGCCUCACAACUAAUAACAAUCAUGGACUUACUAGACACGUAUCUCGAAUCUAAAUCCAAGCUAUAUAAAGACCUUUCAUUAAGGUACAUUUUCCUAAUGAACAAUGGCAGAUAUAUGCUUCAAAAAGUCAAAGGUUCGACCGAGAUUCACCAAGUGAUAGGAGACAAUUGGUGUAGGAGACGAUCCUCGGAUGUUAGACACUACCAUAAGAGCUACCAAAGGGAGACUUGGAGCAGGGUUUUGCAAUGUCUUAACCAAGAAGGUUUACAAGUUAAUGGGAAAAUAUACAAACCAAUAUUAAAGGAAAGGUUUAAGAACUUCAACCAAUUAUUUGAUGAGAUUCAUAGGACACAAAGCACGUGGGUUGUGAGUGAUGAGCAGCUUCAGUCGGAGCUUCGAGUAUCGAUUUCUGCUGUUAUGAUUCCGGCUUACAGGUCGUUUGUUGCGAGGUUUGGACAGAUUUUUACACCAGGAAGACAGGUUGAGAAGUAUAUUAAGUUCCAACCUGAUGAUAUUGAGACUAUUAUUGAGGAAUUGUUUGAUGGAAAUCCUAGCUCCAUGGCUAGGAGAAAAAUAUAGGAGCAAAUUAAGAUCAUAUGAAAAUUACUACAGUACAAUCUAGGGAAAGGAAGGAAUCUGGGUGUGGUUUAGACCUGUUCAGCGGGCUGGGUUAGGGCCGGGUCGGCCCGAAGUUAAAUGUGUUGGGCCAAGCCGAAGUUUAAAUGUGCCGGGCUGUGUUUACAUUAUUUGUGUUACAUUUACAUGCUCAUUAGAGAGUUAUAAUUUUAAUCUUCUGUAUUAAUUUUUUUUGAUUUUGAAACUACUAAAAUGUAGGGAAGGUUGGAUCUUGGCGCGAUGGUUAAGUGUCUACUUGAUAUUCGCUAGGUGCACUGGAUACGGCCUUUUUGUAAUUUGUGUUGGAUAGUACGUUACUGUAAUAUUUAUCUCAAUGUAGUUAUAUUAAUUAACAGGA